AUGGCGACCGAAGUGCCGUUCACCGCCGACGCCGUACGCAGUAUAGAGCUAAUUCCUUGUGCACAUGCGCCCACCAAACCACCAGCCCACGUCUACGACAAGAUCAUUACCGUCGCGGUCGGACCGGACAAUGCCAAGAAGAAGUUCAAGAUCUAUCGCGGGCUCCUGUGUCACUUCUCCAGCUACUUCGAUCGCAUGCUCAACGGUUCCUUCCGGGAAGGUGGCUCAACGUACCUUCGACUAAAGGAUACCGACGCCGACACCUUCGACGUGUUCUUCUAUUGGCUCAAUGCUGGUGUUGUAGGUCUGGCGGACAGCGGAGGCCUUCUGGACUGGGGGAAGGUAAUGAAGGCCUACGUGUUCUCCGACUUUCAUCAGGCGCCUAUCUUCAAGAAUGCUGUCCUAGAAUCCCUCUUCAAUGGCUGGAUAAAAGACUCAACGAUCACGCUUUGGGUGACAGAGGUUUUGUAUACCAAGACGUGUGAUGGAGACUCGAUGAGGAAGCUCAUUGUCGACAUAGUGGCUGCGACAGGCGACUUCGAUCGGCAAUAUAGAGAUUAUAUCACCUCCGCGCACAAGGACUUUCUGGUUGACAUGCUUAUGGCAUUUAAAGAACAGAAUUUAGUCCCCGGUCAAGGCAGGACAAACAAUGGAUUCGCUUGGCUUGACGAAUUCAACACUGUUACGAUGAGCUACCCACUAGUACAGUGCGCACACCCGUGGACCGCGCCUACCAUCACCAACAAGCACGACACAGUCACGAUCAAGGUUAGCGCCGGCAGCAAUAUCCAGAAGUAUGACCUACAUGUCGAAGCACUCAGAGCGCGCUCGCAACACUUUCAUGAGGCCCUUUCAGCCUCCUCAAACGAGGAGCGCACAGCGAUCCACCUCGCGUGCUCUACGCCAAUGCGAUUCGACGUCUUCGCCAACUGGCUUUACAAAGGCAGCCUAGACUCCAGCAAUGAUACCAAUUUGAGAUACCUCUUCUUAUGCGAACUCCACGUAUCCGCCAACACCUUCGACAUCCCGCUCCUGCGCAACAAGAUUGUGGAUGUGUUCUUCAACAAGCUUUUGCGCGACGCACAGCCACUACCCUACGACAUCAUGAACUACAUCGAGGAGCAUCUGAGGGACUCUGCUUUGAGGACCAUGAUGCAAGACAUCAUGCUGAACUGCGGUGACACGGAGGACAUGGCCGAGUGGAAGGUCAACCUUGCGAAGGGCUUCAGGAUGGAAGGUGGUAGAAACAAGGACGUCGCUGAGACAAUUGGCAAGAGUUCAGAUGUGAGAGAGUACUUGGUCGCAUUGAGGGGUAAGGUAUGCGAGAAAUAUCACGAGCAUGUUGAGAGAGAUGAGAUGGUCGUGGAACGUGAAGAGAUGUGGUUCUUCGAUCCACCUCUAAACUAA